CGCGUUUCUCGUGUUCUACACAGCCGCAAUUUAUUCCUUGUUCUUGCCGCCGCUCCUUUUCAUGCCAUCGGCAAUUCUUGGGCCAUUCAGUGUCCCGACCAACAUUUCAUUGGCUACCAAAUGUCACUCUAACCUCCAAGUAUAGACUCAUGUCGGAAGUGCCGCACCACAGCAGCUGAAGCAUGAAACUCUCUGCUUCAGCCUUACGGUCAUUAUUAUGGCCCGUUUCUGCACUGCUCAAAGAUGGGACGCCCAACGAAGAAAAUGCCUUCUGAGGAAGCCUACGAACCUCUUUCCCACGAGGUUGCCUCUGACGGAGAUAUUUCGCUGCAGGCUUCUCGAUCUCUAGGCUCUGGUGAAGAGGGCGCAUCGCCUGUCGCUUCGAUGUCGCCUUUCUUGAAGCAGCAAGUCAAUGCAGAUUCCGAGAGUGUGGAACCCAAAAAUCCCGAGACUGAGACAGAAAUUUACAAUACUUAUUUUUCGAGGAAGAAAGAGUUCGGGAAAUUGCUCCUGGCCGGUUUCGUUCGGAUUUUGCUUACGAUUUUCUUAAUUGGGUGCAUAUACGCUACGCUUGCGACGUAUGGAGGACGAAGUGUGAUAGGACCUGUCGGGAAGCGGGUCUUCAAUGCUCUGGUCACAGGAUUGAGUAUGAUACUUGGUAUCAGUAUUGCUAGUAGCUUCAAAGCUAUUGCGAUAGACGUGCGGUGGUGGAUUUUGAGUAGGAAGAGACGGCCGAUUCACGAAGUCGAUGCAAUUCUAUCAAGUCAUGCUCUGAGUGAGGUCAGUAAGCUGGCCAUCAGAUCUGCGAAAGACAAGAAGCCUGGGGUCGUUAUGAGCGCUGCAUUAUGGGUAUUGUUCAACAUUGCGGCUCAAGCAGCAGUCGCAAUGCUAGGCUUGACGUAUUCUCUCAAUGCUCAAGUUGACCCAACAAGACCGAUUCUUGGAGAUACGAGCUUCAGCAAUUUUUCAUCAUCUUUUGGGGUAGCUGUUGAUGAAGAUACUACUGCGUCAAGUCAAUUGGCUGCUCAUACUUUCGGUGAAAUGGCACUUCAAUUUCCCUAUUUGGAAGCCAGUGGACCAGAUCAACUUCCCGUCGAUUACUUGUCUCCAUGUGAUCUCGAUUCCGUUUACUACGAAGGGCAGGAUUACUUCCAAACGGCGUUCCAAGAGUACUCCGCCACAGAUUCAACUACUGGGUGCUUCUACAGUAAUCGAAGCCUGAUUACAACAAGCAGCUGCAAUGCCUAUUCCGUAAUAGGCAUUUCAAAUGGGACCUCACAGACUUUUCAAUACGAGAGGGACAGCCAAACUUUAAACCAAACGUGGCACUCUAUAGGACCGAAUUCAACAACAUACCUCACGUAUCCCGACAAACAAGAUUGUGGUCCACGAUGCGCCACCGUAUAUAUCUACGAGAAUGAUGGGACGUCGGCGAAUUACUUUGAGUGCACAGUCAACGCUAGCACCAUCUACAACGCCACGGUCCAAGAACAACAACUUUCAGACGACCACGCCAGACUUGCUGCUGGCGCAAUCGCUCUCCAAGGAUAUCAAUCUGACAGCAACAAUGCCAGUCAAUACCAACAAUUCCCGUCUCAGUCAACAUACGGAAAUUUCACUUCUGGGAAUAGUACGUUCAAAGCUAGACAGUUGAGACAAUACGCGAUUGGUGUCUUGGUCGUCGCCGACACCAUAUUUCCUCAAAUCGGUUCUGAUUCGCUGCAUGUUUUAGGUCUUCAACCUCAACCGGGGCUGAAGCUGAGUAUCGACCAUGUGGCAUAUAUGUGGGCUAUCUUUGGCAGCAUCGCGGGGUCACAUUUGGUCCUUUGGAUCAUUGGGUCGUAUGUCGCUAGCAGGGUGGCUGUCAUUGAAAAUAGCUAUCUUAAGAUUGCACUGGCUUUGCGACCAGUCACAGAUGAUCUUGAGGAGCAGGGGCUUUUGAUGGGUGGACAUAAGCAUGAGCAUGGUGCGUUAGAUCGAGAUGUAGUUUAUGGACCGAGGGAGCAAGCAGGAUCUGGUGCUAGGGCUUUGGAGAUUAGUAGGGUUGCGAGUUGCGUGAGAGAGUCUAGACAAUGGGAAGGUUAUUAUGAUUCUUAGAUCUGUAUUGUAAAGAGAGAUGAGACGGAGUACAAUGGUUUAGAUAUAGAUGGAUUUGUAGCAUAAGAGUUAGGAUUACAUGUACUCCUUGGUUGAAAGAUACCUAGGUACCUUAAGAUAGGUAGGGUUGAUUGCACU